CUAAUGUCGGAACCUCUCGACCAACAAUUACCUUCAUAUUCUCCAUCGCGUUCUCCUCCCUCUUACUCGCCACAUAGUCGCGACGGGGAGGAGACACUUGCUCAAACUUGUCGUUUUCAUUCAUCGUCGCAUGCGACAGGGACGUUCACAAAGCACCACGGCGAUGUUACUGUCGUUCUCUCAGAACAGGACGAAGACGUAGAUGUUCCGUCGUAUGGUCGUCACGGGCUUCUCGCCGGAAGUAUUAUACUCGACUCUUCAUUAAAAAUAGAAGAUAUUGUGGCAGUUGUUCUCAAAGUUGAGGGAAGGAUCAAGCUUAACAUAUCGGGUGCCAAUGCAGCGUCAAAAACCGUUAAAACUGUCGACGAGCAAUACGAACUGUGGUCUUGCCAAACUCCUAAUUCAAGCAUCUCUUCUACCUGCCCCAGAUUGAUUCCUUUCUCGACAAUCUUGCCUCCAACUUUCAAAGACGGAAAUCACGAAUAUCCUUUACCACCUUCAUAUGAGGUAAACUUCACAGGCAUUCCCGGCCUGUAUGCUAAAUGCACAUACACCAUCCGUGCGAUUGUAAAAACGCAUGGGUCGUUCUGGGACCACAAGCAAACGGUUUCCACGCCGUUUAUAUACCGACCACGAAAGCGGCCUCCUCAACCUACUGUAGCGUCGGAAUUCUUCUCGUCGAUUAAGGUGUCGCCUGAGGAGUGGUUCCAAACCACGUCUGUGCUCCAAGCGAGACCGAGUACCAAACUCGAGCCUAUAAACGUUAGCAUAUUCCUCCCUGCUGUGCGAAGUUUUGGGCUCCGAGAUACCAUUCCAUAUCAUAUCCAACUUAGUGGACCGAUAUCAUCCCUCAAAAAAUUCUACUCCUGCGUGCAGUAUGAGCCCGAGCCCCCUUCUCCACGUAGUCAGUCGACCUUGACAAUGAGCGUUUCACUUUGUCGACAGGUGCGGGUAGAAGUGAAAGGUCAGGCGGUAUGGAAGAGCUCCAUCAUCGGGAGCGGCACACUCACUGCACUGCCUCCUUCCGUUGAGCUUGACCCACGUCUUAGCCACUCGGCGCAUGAGAUGGCUCUUGAUUGGGAGGGUGAAAUACGAUGCCGCGAUGAUAUUCGUGUAGGACACUUCGAUGCGGGUAAAAUCGCGAUGUCGGACUUUUUGGUGUUUUCAGUCGUCCCGAAGCCCACCAUGGGAGCAUUCAACUCUCUCCGAAUGAUAGUACCCAUUUUGCUCGUCACUGAUACCUGGGUCGAGCAUUAGCCUAUCAUUGAUUGCCCCGUCUCUCUUUCUCCUAGUGCUCUUCAUCGCUUAACUUAGCUCCUACUUUUCGCAGAGUUUUCGUUCGGUUUCUUCCCCAUCCAUUUAUCUCACAAAUAUCGAGACUUGCUUAUUCUGAUAACCUGUCGGAUCAAAAUUUGGCAGCAACGCUUGCCGUCUAUCUCGAAGUACUUAUUUUUCAUUGUUUCACAUACCAUGGUACAGCUCUACAGUUUAUGCUGAUACUAAUACGAAACAUAAUUGUCUACCAAGUUUACUCAAUAUUUAUCCUGGCUAUGAAUCGUC